GAUUUCUGGAUCUGUAUUCGUGUGUUGUGUUGUUUCCGCUGUUGUCAGGUUGUACAUGAACUAUCUUUUAUUUAGACUGUGAUUGCGGCCACAAACCUUUUUAGCUGAAUUAAGGGAAAGUUCAAGUUAAUUUUGUCAACAUUCUAAAAAACAUUUGUUACUUUUUGUUAUAAAUCCUCCCGAUGAAAACUUCAUUCUCUUUACGUGCAAAUAAUUCCAAUGCCGAGGUUAAACUUCUACAAUCAAAACAUAACCUAAUACACGAACUCGUAACUUCUGAAAUUAAAUACAUAAGUUACCUGAAGAAAGUUUUGAAGUACUUUGCAAGGCCUUUAAUUGACCGCAGAUACUUGCCGGAUGAUAUGCACUCUGAAAUUUUUGGACGUCUCGUGCCCAUAUUAAGUGUCAAUGAAACUCUUCUUGAGUCUGUUUUAACUGUUGGAGUCGAGAAAGCAUUUCUCAAGAUUUCUCCUUGCCUGAAAUUAUAUGCAGAUUAUGCUAGCCGCUAUCAAACAAACGUUGUGUUUAUGGAGACUUGUAAUGCAUUCAUACCAGGACUAGUGGAGUUUAUAAAUAAACAAGAAAACUUACCAGAUGUUAAUUUGCAGCUUUCAGCACUCCUCAUAAUGCCCAUACAGCGCAUUCCUCGGUAUUCUUUAAUGCUUCAGGAACUUGUUGUCAUUUGCCUUCAACUGGACGGUUUCAGCAAUUCAGAAGCAAAUAAAUGUGCCAUUAGUAUUAACGACGCUGCUCGUCAACAUUUUAUGAUACCAGAAUAUGCAGCCACUCUUAUUUUAAAACUAUGGGAUAAUCAUCAACAAGUUCAUUACUCUCCGGAAUCUCAUGAUUCAACCUUUUCAGAUCUGAAACGUUAUAUUCAUAGAAUGUGUGCUUCCACAAUUAUUCUAAUAGCAGGUUUUGCUAGUGUGGUAGCGACAGCAACAUUUUUAAAUGAACAGAUUAGAAUCAGUGAACAAGCUAACAAAGCCGCUAUAUUACAAUCAAAACUUUUUGGCAAAUGGUCGCACAACCUCAUUCUAGUACCUGGGCGCAAACUAUUGAAGUAUGGAUUGGUGAAAAAGGUGAAUUCUCUCGAUGGACUUGCAGAAACUCGUUUACUAGUGAUUAUGUCUGAUAUACUGAUAUGUGCUAAGCCAAGAACCCAGACGGAGUUGGAAUCCAUUUUCAGUAAAAAAAAGUGUGUUUAUAAUCGAAAAUAUCCUAAUCCUUUUACACAGUUUUACGGAAGAAAAGUGUCUUCAGAAUGUACAAAACAUAUUCGAAGGUUGAAUGACACGAACCCAUUGAUUCAGGUUCCUAAAUUCUCUAAAUCAAUCUCACAAAGUUCUAAUUCUCAAACUUUUAACGAUUCGACUGAUUUUUUAACAGAUAGUAAAGUUUGUUUUUCAUGUGUUGCUGUCUAUCCUCUUCAUCACUGUCAUGUUCAAAUCCAUUUUAAACCACAUACUACGUUUCUGCAACCGAUUCUUGAGUCUCCUGAAUUUCAACCGAAUCAAAACAAUUCAGUGUUUAUUUCUCCAGUUUCUAUCGGAGGAUUUAGCCGUCACACUGCAUCAACACCAUUGGCAUUCGAUGAAUAUGCUUGUGAAUCAGCAUCUGUUGUAAGAUUGAAAUCGGAUUCAUUUAUUACUUUCAACGAAGAUGACUGCACAAUGAAACACCCUGAACCCUUGAAAGAAUACAAUUUCACUGUACAUUGUCGUGACGCUAAUUUUACUAUCGUGAAUGGAAAUUUAAAUGAAGCAGAAGAUUGGAUAUCUAGUUUGGAGACAGCUAUUCAAGCUGUUAAAACAGCACGAAAAAGCCUUCGUAAAGAAAGCAGUGCGAAGUGGCCAAUGCGUGCUUCAGAUUUUAUUCAAUUUGAACAAUGGCUGGAACAGAAACGAAUAAUAGAAGAGACAAUGAAGUCUUCUGGAAUCUUUCAAAGGAUGGGAAUGGAGGAGUUGACUAUUGGUAAUCCCCUUUCACCAAUAAAUUUUCUUCAGUCAUCUAGAAUGGAACAAAAGCUUGAGGAAUAUCGUAGACGUAAAUCGAUCGGUUGUGAUACCGAGAAAAGCAAUCGGCUUUCUCAUAUAUUUUAUGAGUCUGGUUGUCUUGAACUUAAUCCCGAAAAAUCAAAACGUGAUAAACAGUGUGGACUGUUUUGUCAUUCGUUUAUGUCUAAAUUUAAAGAAAAUAAAUUCGUUGAUGCCUCAGUACUUGAUUAUUCAAACAAUCCUGUUCGUUUGUUAUCCAUAACAAGUAUUCCUGAUAGGCUCACAUCAAGUUUCAUUCCAUUCAAUACAGGAAAUCAUUCGUACAGCAGUGAUCGUUGUUAUCAUUCGAAGGAUACUCAUAGUACUUCAUUUCCAUCUCAAUUAACGCUGUUGGCAACUGAUGAGAUGUUGUGAAAUAAAGUGAAUUAAUUUCAUUUCGCAAACUUAUUUGUUGUCAGAGAGACAAGUUGAACGAAGAAAUAUUUUAUUUCAAUCCGUUCUUCAUCAAGGUUCCACACUAGCAUAUAUUUUUUAUAGCCAAUCUCGUAGUGGAUGUUUGUGCAUGUGAAAUGCCUGCAAACAGACUUUUGUGCUUUUAGAAUAGACAACAGAUGCAAAGAAAACCAAUUCGAAAUGACUUGAAGUAAAUAUAUACUUCUACAUAUACCACAAUUGAACAACACUUUCAAAUCAUCAUGAGCAUUGUUUAAAAUAUCAAAUUGUUGUAAUGCCAAUUCAGAUUUUAUUUUGUUUAUUUGUUAUUUUAAAAAAAUCUUAAAUAAAGCCAUUGCUUACUCUAAGUAUUAUUUUUAUUCUUAUUCCCACAGAGAUUAAUCAAUCAUUUAUAAUGUAUACUUCUGUCUUUCUUUUAUACUCUUUUUUUUUUUCAUAAAUCUUCUAUCUUCCUUUUAUCCGAUAUAUUAGAGAUGUAUUUUAAAUACAAGCAUUUAUUUGUAAACUGUUGGAAAUUGUUCUAGUUAUAUCUUGAAGAAACAUUAUUUUUUUUCUGUUGACUUAUCUUCUGUCUUUUUCUAUUUUACACAACACAAAAAUGUAGUGCUAAGUGAAAUAUAUUUCAAUUCUUAUUUUAAUGAUGUUUCCGAUUUUUUAAUAAAUAGGUUGAUUUCCUGUUUGUUUUUUAUAUCCACUUUUUAUUUCCACUUUGUUCUUUUUAAAAAUGUUAAUUAUGCAGAAAAAGUUUACGUCUUAAUAAAGCGAAACGCUUUU